AUGUCUAAAUACAAGGAUAUUAUGAAAAAUGGGUGGCACCCUGAAAAGUCAGGUACAACCUUCAAGGGCCAAGUUAAAGGUCUUGUUGGAAGAGGAAAGUCUGAUGAUGCCGACACAAGUAACCAUGUCUCUGUUCCUAUAUCACAGCUGAAGGAUCCUUCAACCUUUGCACCACCUCCCAAGCGUACUGGUACUGGCCUCAUUCCAGCAGCACCCAGAAAGGACACUGCCUCGCCAUCGAACCAUCAGGAUCCUUACGCCCCUGUCUCUCAAGAACAUGGAUAUACCAAUCCUCAGGAACAAACAGACGAGCCGCCAAAGCCUCGCGGUCCUUACCGUGUAAACACCACCGGCCUAUCGACAGAUAACCUACCUAAGCCGCCUGGAAGAAGAGACGGCGCCGACGGACGUUCAGCGCAGCCUCCAUCUUAUCAAUCAGCCAUGACGGGCGUAGGAGGAGGCAGAUCAGCACCUCCUAGCCUACCACCUCGUCUUCCCCCGAGGACCAACUCUGCAAGCACAGUGGGGAGCUCGCCCGCCGCUAGCCCUGCUCCUAUAGAAAAUGGACUCCUGAACCAAGGAGCAGUGAGCCGCUUGGGUGCAGCAGGUAUUAAUGUCCCUGGCUUCGGCAUUGGUCGCUCCAGCCCUGCGGCUGCUGCAUCUCCUAGCCCACCUCCACCUCCACGCCCAGGCGUCGCUUCGCCUCCUCCUGCGAAGACUCCAUCACAUACGAGCGAACUACAGAACCGAUUUUCUAAGCUCGGUACAUCGUCAUCUAAUGCCAAUGCAGCAGCGCCCCCACCUCCCAGCGAGGGAACUACGUGGGCGCAGAAACAAGCCGCCCUCAAGACUGCCUCGUCGUUCCAAAAGGAUCCUUCUUCAGUCUCCUUUUCGGAGGCCCGAGCAGCCGCCAGCACAGCCAACAACUUCCGUCAGCGCCAUGGUGAACAAGUUGCUGCUGGAGCCAAGGCAGCAAAUAAUUUCAACCAAAAGUACGGCCUUUUGGACAAAGCACAGAGUUCUUACUCCAAAUUACAAGGCGAUCAAGCCCAAGAUCAGGGCGAUACUUCUGGAGUAUCAUCCACGGGCAUGGCAAGUGUAGCUGGAAAGAAGAAGCCACCGCCUCCACCUCCGCCGAAGAAGAAGCCAGCUCUGGUGAGCGCAUCGGCUCCUACUGACGAUGAACCACCGCCGAUUCCCAUGGCAACAAGGCCCCAGUUUUGA